AUGGCUCUAUACGAACCAUUGCCAGAGGGCAGUGUGCGGCUACUUCGGCUUCUGCCGUGCUCAGAUCAAAGUUCAGAAAUAAGAUGUAAAAUCUUCAUCUGCCCUCUCUUGACCUCCGGAAGCACCCACCUUUACGAUGCCUUAUCUUAUGUAUGGGGACCUGAGGACAAUCAGUCGUCUAUCUAUAUAGAUGAUUAUAAAAUGUCCGUCAGGGCAAAUCUUCACGCAGCGCUGUUACAUUUACGAGAUCGUUUUAUAGAACGUGUUAUAUGGAUAGAUGCUAUUUGCAUCAACCAGGAAGAUAAUGGUGAAAAAGGACAACAGGUUCAGUCUAUGGCCGAGAUCUAUGCCAAAGCAACUCGCGUAAUUGUUUGGCUUGGAGAGGUGGCAGACAAGAGUGAUUAUGCACUCGAAGCAAUACGCACGGCUGCCCAAGAGGAGUACGCAGUCGUAAAACAGUACACGAGUAACGCAGCAGACAGAACGAACCUAGAAGCCAUAGUGACACUGUUAGAGCGGCCAUGGUUUCAGCGCAUCUGGGUCCUCCAGGAGGCUGCAGCAGCUAGACAUAUCCUGGUCAAGUGUGGCCACACAGAAAUCGAUGGGUUCGCAUUCUGCUCAGGCCUAAGGGCACAGAGCCAGUACCACCCGGAAACUGUGCUUAGAAGCCCCUUGAUAGCCUACCUUAUGAGAGGCGCAAUCUUCCGCCCUCGAUAUCAAGGAUCCAGGGAAAAUUGGCCCGACAGGUUCUCGCUAAAUAUACGUCCUUUAGGGGAACUAGUUGACAUAUACCACAGCCGCAAGGCUACUGACCGUCGCGAUAAGGUGUAUGCUUUGAUCGGUAUGAGCUCGGAUGAUCCCGGCGCAGCAGGGCUAUCGGCCAAUUAUAACACUUCAUGGAAAGAACUCUUCCAGAAACUGAUCAAAUAUUGUCUUUCUCCUCAAGUGUCUGUGAACACUUGGGAUGAUGUGGAGGUGGCAGCAAUUGGAGGCAAAGGUUGCAUUCUUGGAGAAGUAUCAGCGAGCCGAACUCAGCAUGACGAACAACACGUAAGCAUUGCUUGGAGGAACCCGCCUGACUUUUUCGACAUCGACUGGAAAGAAAAACAGAGCUCCCAGUUCACCUUUCAGGCGUCGGCAAAACCUAUCGAGGUGGGAGACGUCGUCUGUCUUCUUCAGGGAGCAACAAAUGCUACAAUCAUCAGGUCUUGCAACGACUUGUGGACAGUUAUCGCGAUAACAGUUCCCCUAACGAUCAGUCUACGAAAGUGGCUGGCAUCAAUAAAAGUAUUUCCAUACGAUUUACUUCUUAUCUGGGACUGGGACGUGUCUCAAGGGAAGAAAGACUAUGAAUGCUUCAUGGGCAGUCGAAUGCCUGGCUAUUUAGGUACAGACUGUCAGGGCCAAGAUUCUAUGGAUGCAGCUACCAAAUUAUGGAAUCACGGACUUUUACUGAAUACUUUGGGAAGAUAUGAAGGCGCAAGAAGGACACUCGGAAAAGCUGUUCAGAUUUAUGGGACCGGGACGACAUUGGGGAGUGUAUCCAAACCUGACCUGAGCAACAGCCCUUAUACAGAAGAGGAUGAACGGACGAUAAGGAUGAUGAAUCAUCUAUAUAUUGACGACAAGGCCGAGUCAAUCGAAUCAGAAUAUGAGCAGGACUCCCUGACACCGCUAGCGUGGGCUGUUGUCGAGGGUGAUGAGGCACUCGUGGGAUAUCUCCUAGAUAUGGAUGCCGACAUCGAGUCAAAGGGUGGUUCAUACAAUACGCCACUGCUAUGGGCUGCUACAACGGGUCAUAAGGCUAUCAUCAAGUUAUUGCUUGAUAAGGGUGCUGAUAUUAACUCAAAGGGCUAUAGGGACCGUGGAGCACUAUCACAGGCUGCUGCAGAAGGGCAUACGGGAGUGGUAAAUUUUCUGCUUGAUAAGGGUGUUCACAUUGGGUCAAGGGAUCGAGAUAGCCAUGUACCGUUAACUUUGGCCGCCAAGUACGGGCAGAAGGCGGUAGUGAGAUAUCUACUUGACGAGGGUGCCAAUAUUGAGUCAAUGGGGGCAGAUAUGGAGACGCCGCUGAUGUGGGCUGUUAAGGAGAGUUGUAAUAUCGAGUCAGGUGGCGCUGCCAAGACACUGUGGUCGGCUUCUGCGAACAGAGUUAAGGCUACUAUAGAGCUCCUGCUUGAUAGGGGCGCUAACAUCGAGACAAAGGACCGUAGAGGCUGGAGACCGCUAUGGGUAGCUGCUGUGAAGGGGAAUGAGGCUGUAGUAAAAUUGCUGCUUGAUAGGGGUGCUAACAUUGAGUUGAAGGAUAAUGAUGGCAGGACAGUGCUGUGGGAAGCUUCAGAAGGUGGGCAUGAGGCUACGGUAAAAUUACUGCUCGAUAGGGGUGCUGAGUAUAGGUUUAAGGAUAGGCCUCUGUUUGGUUUUGGGUAUAGGCGAGGAGAUGGACGUCACAAGUGA